AUGGCGAUGGCCUGCUCCAAGGCUUACUACAUUCCCUUCAACGCCAACAUUAUAACCGGGCUGCUCAGGUGGGAGGCCCUGCUGGUUGUCAUGGACUCGAGGCCCUUCACUCGGCUGCCAACAAUUUUGGCAGAGAUCGCUGACGAUCGGAUCUGGAUUUUCGCUGAGCUGAUUGGGACUGAGUACACUUCUAAGCAUGGAGGAGCCUGGGUGCCCGGCUACCAUGGUCUCUUGUACAAUCUGACAGACCAAGCGUUUCGGGCUUGCCCCGCCAGCACAGAAUGGGUCCUUGCCACAAAUGGGGACAACUUGUAUGCGGACACCUUCUUUGACAGGAUCAUGACCGCUCCGAAAGAGGCUGAUGUCAUCGCCUUUGACUUCUACAGCCGCUAUCACCGCGUCACCGACCUUGGCGCUAAUGUGUUCAGAUGGCCGCGCCUUCUGAAAGAGGAUCGGCGGCUGGGCUCCCCUGCCGCUAACGCACAGGAGCAUCAAGCAGAACACUUUGACGGCCUCUUUGCCAACACUCUUAAGACUGAUGGGUGGAACAUACAUCAUGUCACAGAUGCUUGCCUCUACGACCACAACCCCAGUCCACAGAGGUGUGCUCAAAAGGGAGGCGUUUGGGAUGACACCAGAGCUCUGUCUUCCGAGCUGGGAGGCACGUGCCUCACACCUGAGGAGGCAGAGGCGCACCUUUGGAUUGGCGGGAAUGCCAUGGAGGCGGUGGAGAUUGAGCUGUCAAAUGAUGGCAAUCUUGCAUCCUUCCUUAAGGAGUCCAGCAGCGUAUCAAUCAGCAUAAGGGGUGCUCUGGCCUCGAGCAAGCGACAAAAGAAAGCGCUCGCUGCUUCUGGCCAGCCCAUGGGAGCGCCCGUGCCAGAUGACCUGUGA